AGAGAGGAAUUCCCCAGAGGGACCCGACCCUGACCCUCCGCCUUCGGGGACCCGAUUCGGAAUCUACUUUGCGUUUCUAAUCCUCACCUCACGCAGUAUCUCUGGCUCCGAUGAGUUGAAAAGGGUGACGACAUUAUUCUUCAACCUCCAGGCCUCUUUCCUCUCAGUAAAUGGAGGGCAGCUUUCGCCCCUGGUGGUUAUAGUGACUCAGAAAUGGAAGGCUCUACUGUGGAGGAAGAAGAGGAUUGCCCUGAGCUGAUUCCAAUAAGAGAACAGCAUAUAAAGGACCAUGCAGGACAGGACAUUCCAUAUAAGAUUCCUGUUACUAUUAUUACUGGCUAUUUAGGUGCUGGAAAAACCACUCUUCUUAAUUAUAUUUUGACAGAACAGCACAACAAGAGGAUAGCAAUUAUUCUAAAUGAAUUUGGUGAAGGAAGUGCCUUGGAAAAAUCCUUGGCUGUAAGUCAGGGUGGAGAACUCUAUGAAGAAUGGCUGGAACUCAGAAAUGGAUGUCUAUGCUGUUCUGUAAAGGACAAUGGUUUGAAGGCUAUUGAAAAUUUAAUGCAGAAGAAAGGCAAGUUUGACUACAUCUUGCUAGAGACAACUGGAUUGGCAGAUCCAGGUGCUGUUGCCUCCAUAUUUUGGGUUGAUGCUGAAUUAGGAAGUGACAUUUAUCUUGAUGGUAUCAUAUCUGUUGUUGAUGCAAAGUAUGGACUACAGCAUCUCAUAGAAGAAAAACCCAGUGGCCUUAUCAAUGAAGCAGCUAGACAGAUUGCAUUAGCAGAUCUUAUAAUCCUCAAUAAAACCGAUUUGGUUUCUCAAGAAGCACUGAUGAAACUGAGAACAGCUGUCAGGUCAAUAAAUGGAGUUGUCAAAAUUUUGGAAACUAAGAGAUCCAGAGUUGACAUCUCUGAUGUCUUAGAUCUUCAUGCUUUUGAUAGUUUGUCAGGAAAAAGUUUGCAGCAGAAACUGCAGCUUGAGGAAGUACCUAAACCACACCUUGAUAAGAGUAUUGUUACAUUCACAUUUGAAGUGCUAGGAAGCACAACUGAAGAAGAGCUGAAUGUGUUUGUUCAAGAUCUUCUGUGGGAGAAGAAUGUAAAAGACAAGAGAGGUAACCCCAUGGAAGUAAUAAGACUCAAGGGACUUGUGUCUAUCAAAAACAAACCUCAUCAGGUGAUAGUCCAAGGUGUUCAUGAGCUAUAUGAUCUAGAAGAAACCACUGUAACAUGGAAGGAGGAGGCUGAACGAACAAAUAGAUUGGUUGUAAUAGGUAGAAACUUGGAUAGAGAUAUCCUUAAAGAUGCCUUUAUAGCUACUGUGACUAAGAGAGGAGGAAAUGGUUAAUGUCAUCUUCUGAAGAAAGUACCUUUCAGCACUUCAUUUUUAUAAUGAAUGAGCCAGAGUCCUGGAGCUGUUUUCAGCUUUUGCACUGCUGUUAAAAUUUGAUUUUUCUACAGUUUAGCAGAUUUUAUUUUAUUAAAUUUCAUUAAAUU